UUUGGAAUGACUAAUUCUAAUUAGUUUUAUGUGUUUAUGCUGUCUUCUGAUCAAUCUUCGCUUUUUCUAUGCAGGCAAUGUUAUUUCCUUUGGAUUGUUCUUGUCGCCAGCUCCAACUUUCUAUAAAAUUAUAAAGAAUAAGGCGGUGGAGGAGUUCAAGCCUGAUCCUUACAUUGCUACGGUGCUGAAUUGCGCUUUCUGGGUGUUCUAUGGAAUGCCUUUCAUUCACCCUCACAGUAUUUUAGUGGUGACCAUCAAUGGCAUUGGGCUUGUGUUCGAGUUCGUAUACCUUACCAUCUUUUUCACCUACGCAACCAACAAAGGACGGAAAAAGCUACUGAUUUGUCUUCUCAUCGAGGCUAUUUUCUUUGCUGCCAUUGUUCUUAUAACAAUGCUGGCAGUGCAUGGCAAGCAUAGGUCGUUAAUGAUUGGUGUUAUCUGUGAUUUCUUCAAUAUCAUGAUGUAUGUCUCUCCUCUUACAAUCAUGUUUAAGGUUAUCAAAACCAAGAGCGUGAAAUACAUGCCAUUCUGGCUCUCCCUGACUAACUUCCUUAAUGGUGCGUGCUGGACAACUUAUGCACUCAUCCACCCCUUCGACCUGUUUGUUCUGAUCAGUAACAGUGUUGGAGUAGUCUCUGGAUUUGUUCAGCUCAUACUAUAUGCUUGCUACUGCUGCAGAGAAAACAAUGAUGAUGGUGAUGAUGAUGGUGCUGUCCAGAAGAAGACAACUGGCGUUCCAGUUUCUGAAUCCCCCCGUGAUGUUGAAGCUUAGUUUCUUAAAUUCUUCUGCCUUUUGAUUUUCUAUCACACAUGCAUAUUGUAAAAGCAUGCUUUUUAUAUAAUAAUAUGCAAUGUGAUGCGUACACAUGAUUGAGAACUA